CAAGGGAUAUUCAAGGAACGGCGUACCAAUUCUGAACUCAACUUGCUCUCUUUUACACCCCGAGAUCCUCAACCAUUCAAUCCUCACACGCUCGUUUGGAGGAUCAACUAAACCACUCUUCAAGAAGAAGAGAAGCAUACACCUCUCUUAACUCUACAUCGAAGCAUAAUACGUCCUUCGCGCAUACGCACACCAACUCUUCUUCGUUCGGCCUUUGGCCUGUCAUUGCCGCUCGCUUUAUUUAAAACUUACAUAAGAAAACAAAAUGGAAGUGGGAAGUGCUAUGAAAGUGCUCUCCAAGAGAGAAUCCGAUGCACAGAAACUGUUAGAUUUGUUGGCAAAUCCUUUUCGAGCUCAGGUUUGUUCUCGCGAUACUUUUUGGUACAUGGAUCUCUAAUGUUGGAUAGUUAUCACAAAAUUCCGUUUAUGCAAGUUUCGGCACAUCGAUAGGAUUUACUCUAUUACUCGCGAUUGGUUUCUCUCUUCUUCGUCCUUAUAAUUCUGUCGUGUAUGCACCGAAACUCAAGAUCGCAGAUGAUAAACAUGCACCGCCGCCGAUGGGAAAGGGUCCUUUGGCUUGGUUGGGACCGGUGCUUAAGACGACAGAAUCUGAGUUGGUUAAUCUGAUAGGGUUGGAUGCUACAGUAUUUUUGAGAGUGUUGAGGAUGUGCCGGAAUAUUUUUCUUUGCAUAACGGUCGUGGGUUGUGGAAUACUGAUCCCGAUUAAUAUGAUUAAGGGGAAAUUCGGAUCAACGACGGAUUUCGUAACCAGGAUUACACCGAUCAAUGUUUGGGGGGCGAGUAAUUGGGGUAUGAGUAUCUGCGCGUGGUUGUUCGAUCUCAUCAUCAUUUUCUUCUUGUGGUGGAAUUACAGGGCGGUGCUCAAUUUGAGGAGAACUUAUUUCGAGAGUUCGGAUUACCAAGCCAGUUUACAUGCGCGGACGUUGAUGAUUAAUGAUAUUCCGGAGACGCUUCGAACGGAUGAGGGUAUUGGCAGGGUGAUUGAUGUGGUUGCGCCGCAAUCUUCAUUCUCUAGAACAGUGGUCUCGAGAAAUGUGAAAGAACUUCCGGAACUUAUCGAGCAACAUAAUCAAACCGUUCGUGAUUUAGAGGGGUAUUUGGCUAGAUAUCUCAGGGAUCCUGCGACUUUACCCGCAAAACGACCAGAAUGUACUCCUUAUAAAGAUGAUCCCAAUUUUGGAUCCUAUGUCCGAGGUCAAAAGCUCGAUGCUAUUGAAUAUCUCACUGCUCGUAUAAAGGAACUGGAAUUGGAGGUCAAAGAAGUACGUUUAUCCGUGGACAAUCGAAACCCUUUGCCGUAUGGAUUUGCAAGUUACGAAGCUAUCGAUGAAGCACAUGGUAUUGCGUUUGCAGCACGUAAAAAGCAUCCCAAAGGAACUACGAUUGUGCUUGCUCCUCGACCCAAUGAUAUUAUUUGGAAAAAUAUGCCCCUGAGCAGGCAGACGAGAAGGACGCGGAGAAUUAUGAACAACAUUUGGGUUACUCUACUCACGAUCGUAUGGAUGGCGCCAAAUGCUUUGAUUUCUAUUUUCUUGGUCAGUUUACCGAACUUGGGUAGUGUUUGGCCUGCAUUUCAAACAUCAUUGGCACAACACACUGUUUGGUGGUCUAUUGUUCAAGGUGUUGCUUCACCAGCUAUUACCUCAUUAGUUUAUCUAGUGCUGCCAAUCAUUUUCCGUCGAAUGUUGGUUAGAGCCGGAGAUCGUACGAAAACUGCCAGAGAACGACAUGUCACUGGAAAGUUAUAUACUUUCUUCGUUUUCAACUAUUUAAUUGUAUUUUCGAUUUUCAGUACUGUCUGGACUUUUGUUUCCACUGUCAUCAACAAAACUAAUGAUGGAACUACAACUUGGAAAGCUAUUUACGAUACUGAUUUAGGAUUAUUGGUCUUCAUUUCACUUUGUGAUAUCUCACCUUUCUGGGUCACUUGGCUACUUCAACGAAAUUUGGGAGCAGCUGUUGACUUGGCUCAGAUCUGGACUUUGGUAUGGAGUUUCUGUGCAAGAAAAUUCUCAAGUCCAACGCCUCGUGAGAUGAUUGAACUUACUGCGCCACCUGCAUUCGAUUACGCAAGUUAUUAUAAUUAUUUCUUGUUCUAUACCACGGUUACUUUGUGCUUUGGAUGUAUUCAACCUUUGGUCAUCCCGGCAGCUGCCAUUUAUUUCUCUCUGGAUGUUUUCUUGAAGAAAUACCUCUUGCUCUAUAUUUUCAUUACCAAGACAGAAUCUGGUGGUAUGUUCUGGCGUAUGCUCUUUAAUCGAAUAGUUUUCGCUUCAAUCCUGGCCAACCUUGUCGUCUUUCUCGCAACUUGGGUUCAUGGAGAUGGUUCACACAUGGAAGCUUACGCCGUAAUUCCUCUUCCGUUCUUCAUGAUUGGCUUCAAAUGGUAUUGCGCGCGUGCAUUCGACGACAAGAUUCACUAUUACAGUAUACGCAACAUGCUCAAAGAUCCGGAAGCUUCUCGUUCUAAAAUGGCUGGUAGUAAAGGUGAUCGUCUCGCUUCUCGCUUCGGUCAUCCAGCACUUUACAAACCACUCAUCACACCUAUGGUUCAUGCCCGAGCUCAAAAUAUCUUAGCUUCUGUCUAUGGCGGUCGUCUUACAGAAUCUAACAAUCCAGGUUCUGGGGAUAAUAUGUCGGUUUCCGGAUAUUCAGAUACGUUUGCCAUGGAUCCUAUGCGUGUUGGACAACCAGGUCGGUCCGCAAAAGGUGUUGUGCCUGGUUUUGAAAUGGUACCGGAAAAUCGUUUAGAUUUCUCAUAUUAUAAAGGUAGAGCGGAAUUUGCAGAGGAACAUGGUGGUUCAGGUGGAAUUUUUGGAAGAGCGGAAGAUAUUAUCAGAACGGAUACACCUGGUAGCUCGCGGUGGGGUCCAGAUUCAAGGCCGGGUACACCGACUCAUUCAGGUGGUAUGGGAACACCAACAAUACCAAAUUUCAUGUCAAGUCCUGGACCAGGAACGCCAGAUAGUGUGAGAGGAGAUGUAGGAAUGAGUGGAGGAAUGGGCAUGAGAUAUUUCGGAGAAAGGAAAGGUAGUUCGGGAGAAACGAUGAGCUUAGUACAUGGUGCGCAAGAUAUGCCUGCGAGUGCUGUGCCUGGAGUUCAGGAACGAGCGCCGGGUUUCUUGGGCGGUGGACAUCAGGGUUAUGGUAACAUACCGCAGGAGGAUUUGGAUGGAAGGGGGAGUGUUGAUCAUGAUCCGAUGGAUUAUGAUUAUUUCCGUUCGAGGAGGACUAGGAAUAAGAUGUGAGGAGCAUAGAUUAAACGAGAAGAGCAAAGAGCAGAAGGGUGUAUAACAGGAUAUGAAAGUGAAAUGAAAUGAAAUGAAAUGAAAUGAUAGAUAUUGGGAGGUGUUCUUGUCUUUUUUUAAAUUGCUUCAGCUUUACAUGAAGUAUUAGCGUCCUUUUUCCCCCCUCAGAUCGGAUGUAUGUAUGUGUGCAUGGAAUGGAUGGAUUGGUGGUAUGAUUGCAUGGUUGCUUGCUUGGUUGCUUGGGUAAUGGCGUUUCUUGGGUUCAUAGAGUCAGUCAAGUCGAGUCAAGUCGAAUCUUGGGAUUGGAUUGGAUUUUCGUGGGGAGGAGUGGAUGAUGGAUGGUGGAGAGAAAGAUAGAGUUGGUUUGUGGGGAUUGUGAUGAGUGGUUGGGGGAGAGCAGUGAGGAGGAGGGGGAUGAAU